AUGGCGAACGCCGCUUCAUCAGAGCUCGGCCGUUCAAUCAUAAAACAGCUGGCCAUCUCUCAGAAAUCCUCCCGUGAAAAAGCUCUCCGUCUCCUCCUAAAAUCAUGGCUCCCUUCUCAAUCUCAACCACUCCCCGACGACGACGCUAAAAAGCUCUGGAAAGGUCUCUUCUACUGCGUCUGGCACUCCGACAAGCCUCUCGUUCAAGCCGAACUCAUCGAUCGACUCUCCUCGCUUCUCUUAGUGCUUCAUCCUUCGUUCUCCGUUCAGUAUUUUAGUACUUUCUUCAUCACGAUGCGUCGCGAAUGGUCCGGUAUCGACGCGUUGAGGUUAGAUAAAUUCUAUCUUCUGAUUCGUAGAUUCGUUUCGAAGGGUUUUUCGCUAAUUAAAAAGAAUUCAUGGGAUUUGGAAUUUGUGAAGGUUGUUAUGAAUUGUUUGGAUGAUGCUACUUUUGGUUCGAAAGAUAAGUUGUUGCAGGGGAAUGGUGUUAAUUAUCAUGUUGCUUCGGUUUUUCUCGACGAGCUUACGCCGUUUCUUCCGGUUAAGGAAGGUGUUUUGGAAGUGAUGUUUAAGCCGUUUUUUGAUGUGAUGGGGAGAUUGCCUGAUAAGGUUUUGUUAGGGAAGAUUAAGAGUGGGUUGUUUGAUGUGUUGUUGAGGAAUGGGAGGAGGUUGUUGGAGGUUAAGAAGAGUGGGGAGGAAGGGAAUGAGGGUAAUAUCGAUGUUGUGAAUUUGGGGACGAUUGCGUUGGCGAUGGGUUUUGGUUCCAAGUUGUUUGAGUUGGCUUCUGCUCCGGAUUGUGUUCAGGGGAAUAGAAAGGUUUUGUUUGAAAUUCAUCGCGAGUUUUUGAAGCUGGAGAAGGAUGCUGUUAUUUCGGGGUUUGAGUUUUUGAUUCCUGAUUCUGUUGGAAGGGGUGAUGAGGAAGUGUCGGAUUUGGUUCCUGAUGUUGAGGUUGAUGCUGAUGUUGUUCUUAAUGGUAAGUUGCUGAAGAAAUGCAAGGAUUCUGUUGACAAAGUGAAGAAGGAAAAGAAGUGUAAGAAGAAGAAAAAGAAAAAUAAGGAUUCUGCUGAGAAUGGUGAUAAGAAUGUUGCUACUGAAAACGGUGGAAAUUUGAUUGAUGAAGAGGUUGACAACGAGUUGGUUUUGUCGGAGACUGUGAUUUCAAAUCUCCAAAAGCAGUUUGAGAAGGUUGCAGCGGAAGCAGGUUUGGAUGACAGUAAUGCAAGUUUAUGUGUUACACCUAGAGCUACUGAGACUGUAUCUAAGAAGAGAAAAAGAACUAAGAAUUCUAAAGGAAAGAUAUCUCAGGAUCUUGAAUUGAACAGUGGAGACGCCGAGGACUCUGCAGUAGCUAAGAGUGGGGAGAAAAGUUUGAAGAGGGUAAGAUUUUCCAUGAAAAAUAACUUGGUAUGGAAGCCACACAGUCCUUUACCUCCUCAGAGUUUGAGAAUUCCUCCCUCUGUUACACCAAGAGGAAGUGCACUCAAAAAGGGUGUUCCUCCAGGUCCCAUCAGGGAGAUGUCUUCCCAGACCAAAAAGGCGAAACUGAAGAAGGUCCGGAGGACAAUAGUUGGUACGCCAUCUAUCAAGCGCUUGAGAAAAUUGAGAGCUCUUUCAGUGUGA